UAUCCGGGAACAAUUUGUCCCUUAGGGAGAUAAAAAUGCAAAAAAGAAUACUUUUUUUUAUUAAAGAAGCCAGACAACUUUUUUUAUAUUUUAAGUGACUUUGAGAAUUUAAUCUUUUCAAUGUUUUUAAAGUAAAACUUUAUUUUUUAUAAUUUAUUUGGACACCCAUUUAAGGAUUCUUCUCUUUCUCCUCAACAUCUUUUCAUUCACAAAAUCAUUCAUUUCUCCCACUUAAAUAUGUAAAUAUUUUAUUUACUUUAUUUUACUAUUUUUAUUUUUAAGAUAGAAAUUAAUUUAAAAAAUAUUUUUUUAAUUUUAAAAGAUGCGUUUGGAUGUAAUUAAGCAUCGUCGAGUUUCCCUUAAAGUACCGGGAGAUAAUUUUCAAGAAAAUGAGGAUGAAACUUCGACUGAAAACGUUGUUACAGUAAUCGCUCCAGAUGAGAUUACGAGUAGUUUACGAGAAAGAAGGAGAGGGAAAGCACAAGGAUUACGAAUUUCUCUUAAUCCACCUCGUCCUACCCUUCAAUCUGGAGGUUCUCUAGAUUGGCCCCCAGCAGGCAGUCCAUUUAGUGCCGGUCUUGUUGGGGCACGUUGGCGUCCUCCUCCAUUGGGAGAUAAUCUCCGAACUUCUGAACAACUUAAUCGUUGGAUAGCUAAUGGAGAUAUACAACCAUUAGAAUCUUUACUUCUGUCAGGCCGUUCAGACCUUUUAAUGGGGACGGAAUAUAAAGAAAAUUUUAUUUAUGGCCAUAAUCGUUCAAAACAAUUUAUUGCAGAUUUAGCUGAAUAUAAUGUUAAAUAUGAACAAUUUCUGGAGGCUGUAGUAAAUGGAGAUGAACAUACAGUUCGUCAACUAAUUGAUUUUCGACAUCUCGUACAGUCAAGACAUCCAAGAACUCAUACAACUACUAUUCAUUUAUCUGCAAUUUUUGAACGGCCAAUAAUCCUUCGAAUUCUUCUUAAAAAAGACCGUAAUUUGGUUGAUUCUCGUGAUGCUGAGGGUCGAAGUCCUUUACAUUAUGCAGCUGCCAUAGCUGGGACUUUAGGCCCUAAGGGGUUAAAAUUAGAAGAGAAUUUAGACGAAUCCACAAAUAUUCAACAAUCUGUGGAGGAAGAGGAAUGUUUUGAUAUUUUACUUGAUUAUGGGGCUAAUGAAGCUUUACUUGAUGUUGAGGGAUAUACACCUAUGAAUUUCCAUCGAUCCCCUCAUUUAUUAGAUAUGCACCAAAUACGCGGAUUGAAUCAAUUUCCGAUACGGCCAGGUGAUAAUAUUGAUGAAUUGAUUGCUCAAAGAAAUGUAAAAGCUUUGAGAGAAAUUGUUUUGGCUGGCGACUACAAAUCACAAAUUGAAGGAAGAAUAUUUCCCCCAGAAAGUCGUGAUUUAGCACCAACACUUUUACAUCUCCAAACACGAAUUUUAGCGAUACACGAAGCAAUUCGAAAUAAAGACCAGAGAACGUUAAAACAAUUAGUUGAUAGUUGGGAUACAGCAACGGGGAAAGACGAAUAUGGAAGAACCCCUUUACACAUUGCUGUUUUGUAUGGAAGGGCUAGAAUGGCCAGAUAUUUAUUAUUAUUAUUUCCUCGUUGUGUUGAUUUAGUGGAUAAGGCUCAACGGACAUCUUUACAUUAUGCUAGUUGUUUACCAGAUGAGCAUCAACGUACACAAAUGACAAGAAUUCUUUAUAGAGCUGGAGCAGAGAUUUCAUCAAAAAUAAAUGGAAAUAAAAUAACAAAAAAGUCAAAGAAAAUAAAAGAAAAUGAUGAAAAUGAAGAAGAAGAAAAGAUGGAUGGACAGAAAGAAGAUGAAUUUCCAGAUAUAGAGAAAGUAAUAUUGUCAGAUAGUGAUGAUGAGGAUGAAUCGACAGAAGAGGAUUUAAUAAGGACUAAUUGGAGGAUAAACAAAAAUGAUGAAAUGGGAGGAAAUGAAGGAGGAGGAGAAGGAGAGGGGGAGGAAAUGUUUUUAGUUAAAGAUAGUGACGGGGAUGAAUCUAUUGUUGAUGAAAAUAUUGAAAGACGUGUUUUGUCUAUAGAUUUUAAUCAAAAGCAAUAUCGUCAAUUAGAACAAUUAUAUUCUGAAGGAUUGGGUGGAAAAGUUUGGCUGGUUGUUAAAAAACAUUUGGGAAAUGAAAAAUUAGUUAAAUAUAUUUAUGCUUAUCGUCAAGCACAAAACAGACUUUCUCAAGUAUUUGGAGCUAUUGAAUCAAAUGAUUUUCGUAAACUUAAAAUUUUGUUAGACGAAGAAAUUGUUCAAGCUAGGGAUUUAAGAGGUUUAACACCUCUUCACAUUGCCGUUUUAGAGGAAAGACAUGAAAUGGUUGAAUUUAUAGCAAAUCAAUUUCCAGCACAUAUAAAUAUUUCUGAUCAUUUAGGCAGAACAGUUGCACAUUAUGCAGCUCCACAACAAAAUGCUAUUUAUGACACUUUAUCAGAUCUUGGGGCUGAUAUAAAAAUUCCUGACAAAAAUGGAUUUAGUGCAGAGCGUUAUAGAGCAAAUCCAAAACAAAUGGUUCGUCCAUUACCUCUUUUAAAUAUUAAUGAAAAGGAAAAAAAAUUAAUAAAUAAUAAAAUGUCCAAAAAUGGAUUGCUGUCAUUACAAAAUAUGAGAAAUAAUAAUAUAUCUAUGGAUGAAGAUGGAUAUUCUAUUUUUGAUCCCGAUGCUCCUACUGAUGAACAAGUACAAAGAUGGAUUUCCUUGGGUGAUGUACAACAACUUGAACAAUUAGUUUUGGAUGGAAGGGCGCAUUUAUUAAAAGAUAAAUCUUCAACUAAUUUAGCUUCAGCAGAAUUUCUUCAAGGAGUCUCUCAAUAUCAAUCUAAAGUUGAUUCAAUACAUAAAGCUGUAGAAGAAGGAGAUGUUCGUCGAGUAAAAUCUUUAAUUGACAGAACAAUGCUAGCAACUGCUAAAGACAGUCACGGAAUGACUCCUUUACAUAAAGCUCUUCUAUAUGGACAAACAAUUACUGUUCGAUUUCUGUUAACAAAAUACCCUCAUUGUGUUAACGAACCAGAUCAUGCAGGCAGGACAGCUUUACAUUUUGCUGCUGCUGAUGCUAAUGGAGAACAUAUGAUUAAAGUUUUACAAAAAGCUGGGGGCGAUGCUUUUAUUGAAGAUAAAUAUGGACAUACACCUUUUUAUUAUCGAACACAUGGGAAAAGAUUAAAUAUAAGAACACUUAAGGAUAAUGCUGUAAUAAAUCAAUUAAUUUCUGGUCAAUUAAAUCGCCCUUUACUUCAAGAUUUAGAAGAAGACAUCACAGAUUGGAUACAUACAGGAAAUAUUGGGAAAUUGGAAGAAUUAGUUUUAAAUGGUUAUGCUGAUUUAUUAUUAGGAAGAAAUCAUCAAUUGGAUGAUGCUGAUGCAAUAAGCUUUUUGGAAGUAUUACCUCAAUAUCAGGCAAAAGUUCAAGCAAUACAUAAAGCUAUAGAACAAGGGAAUUUACGUGCUGUUAAAUUAUUAACUGACAGAAAGAAAUUAGCUUUUUGUAGAGAUAGUAGAGGACUUGCACCUUUACAUAAAGCUGUGGUUUUUGGACAAACAGAAAUUGCUAAAUAUUUAAUUCGUAAUUAUCCGCAAUCUGUUAAUUCAAUGGAUCAAAGUAAAAGAACUCCUUUACAUUAUUCUGCGGCUUUAAGAGAUGGGGGUUAUAUGUAUAAAUUAAUGAGGAAAGCUGGUGCUGAUCCAAAUACUUUUGAUUGCAAUGGAAGAUUACCAAAAUAUUAUUUAAAAUAUCCUGGAGAACUUAAUUUGGAAAGAAUGAGAUUAGAUACAAAACAAGCUUUAAAACAAAUUUUGCAUACAAGAGUGGCGCCCUCCUAUUUAGAAUCAAACAUUCAGCAAUGGCUAAGAGAAGGAAAUUUAGCAAAAUUAGAACAAUUAGUAAUGUCUGGUUGCGGUGAUUUGGUUCUCGAUAAAAAAUCAAAUAAUCCGGAAGCUCAAAUAUUUUUGAAAGAAUUACCUUCUCUUUUGUCAAAUAUAGACUCAAUUCACAGAGCAAUACGUGAAGGGAGAAUUGAAUCAAUUAAACAAUUAAUUACAAAUAAAAAAUUGGCAUUAGCUAGAGACAAACAUGGGUGUACACCUCUACAUACAGCAAUUAUUCAUGAAAAAACAGAAAUAAUUCGUUUUCUUGCUGCUAAUUUUCCUUUAGUUCUUAAUGCUCCAGAUUAUAAUAAAAGGACAGCAAUGCAUUAUGCAGCAGCUGCACGUGAUGGAGGGCAUUAUUUGAAAAUUUUAGGUAAAGCAGGUGCUGAUCCUAUGGCUGUUGAUAAUGAAGGUCGUACACCUGACUAUUACCGUCGGAAUGCUGUUUUUGAUCUUAAAUUGCUCAAAGAACGUGAUGUGGAAGAAUUGGGUGCAGAUGCUUUACUCUCCAAAUCUGUACAACACGGCGAUUUCCCUGACAGUCCGAGCGAAUCAGCCGAUUUACUUUCUUUACAUUCUUCUGGUGUUGAUACAGGCAGAAAAGGAUUAGAAAAAGGUGGAGGUAGAGAAUAUAUUGAUGAUGAAGGGGAAAUGAUAGAAUUUGAUGGAAAUGGGGAUGGAGAUGGAAUUGAUGAUGGAGAAGAUCCAGAGAAGAAUAGAUUUGAACAUUUAUUACAAGAAAGAUUGGGAAUGCCAACUGAUAACGGCCUUUAUUUGGCACGUACUGUAGCCCCUGUUUUAACUAAAGCAUUGGCAGAGGUACUUCUUCGACGUCCUGCUAAUCCAAUCGGAUUUAUUUCUGAUUGGUUAGUUAAAUAUACUGAAGAAACAGAACAAUUUUAA